ACUCUUAUGAAGAAAGUGAUAACAAAGCAUCUGUAAGCAUAUCCACAUUAGUUUCCUUAGCAUUUGCUGAUUCUAUUUCAAGAAAAGAACAAGAAUCACUAAAAUUAGCAUUUGCAAAGUCUAUAUUUUGUUGA